GCACGCACGCACCAAGUUUAAAGCCCCACGUUCUCUCUCUAUUUUCGAACUUUUUGGCCCUCCCAGGAAGACAAGAUUUAAAAACUACGAACAACCCUUCUAGUCAGAAACCGAAUCCUGAACUCUCCCUGAAACGGCGCCGCCGCUCAGCUUCUGCUUCUACUGUGGAACUGAAAGUCUGCUCAUCAAGUAUGGGAGACAGUGAAACACUAGUUGCUGAAACAUCUGCAGUCAUGGGUAAUUCAUCUGCUGGCUAUGCUAACUCCAGCUAUGCUGAUGCCAGCACAAAUACUGUUCCUGAUGCCGGUGCUUAUACUGUACCCACUGCUGGUUCUGGUUUGGGCAAUGGGAAUGCUUAUAAUAUGGAUCCUAAUUCUGUUACACAACAGGUUGCUGCUGCUGGGACUGCAGCCACUAGUGAUAAUAUCACAGGUUUGCAAAUUGCACCCAUGUCCCCAGCACAAGCUGUUGAUUAUAGUUCUCUGAAUGGCAAUGUUAAUGAAGCUGGAAAUGUAACUUCAUUUGAAAAUGAAAGUUCUUUGGGUAUUGGAAGUGGAGCUGUUAGUGGGCAAGAGGUUGUGGAUGGUUCAGUCUCAGCAUUGUCAGGUGAAGAAGAUCAAUUAUGGAGCAUUUUGAAGGCUAAUUCUUCUGACUUUAAUGCAUGGACUGCUUUACUUGAGGAGACAGAGAAGCUGGCGGAGGACAAUAUACUGAAGAUAAGGAGAGUUUAUGAUGCUUUUUUGGCUGAAUUUCCUCUGUGCUAUGGUUAUUGGAAGAAAUAUGCUGAUCAUGAGGCACGUGUGGGCUCCAUGGAUAAAGUUGUUGAGGUUUAUGAAUGGGCUGUACAAGGGGUGACAUAUUCAGUAGACAUUUGGUUGCAUUACUGCAUAUUUGCUAUAAACACGUAUGGAGAUCCAGACACUAUCCGAAGGCUUUUUGAACGGGGGUUGGCUCAUGUUGGUACAGAUUACCUUUCUUCGCUCCUGUGGGAGAAAUAUAUUGAAUAUGAGUACAUGCAGCAGGAUUGGAGCCGUGUUGCCAUGAUUUACACUAGGAUGUUAGAAAAUCCGAAUCAACAAUUAGAUCGGCAUUUCAGCAGUUUUAAGGAGUUUGCUGGAAGUCAACCUUUGUCAGAGUUGAGGACUGCUGAGGAAACAUCUACUGCUACUGAUGCUGAAGCAAUUUCUGAAGCUACUUAUGAAGUAAAAGUAAACGAGAAAGAGGGCCAAUGUGAAGCAGCUGAACAAUCUUCUAAACCUAUAAGUGCUGGCUUAACAGAAGCAGAGGAGUUGGAUAAGUAUAUUGCCUUUCGAGAGGAGAUUUAUAAGAAAGCUAAAGAGUUUGAUUCUAAGAUCAUUGGUUUUGAAACAGCUAUCAGGAGACCCUAUUUUCAUUUCAAACCACUAAGUAUUGCUGAGCUUGAAAACUGGCAUAACUAUCUGGAUUUUAUGGAGCGAGAAGGAGACUUCAACAAGGUGGUCAAGUUAUAUGAAAGAUGUUUAAUAGCAUGUGCAAAUUAUCCUGAAUACUGGAUACGGUAUGUGUUGUGCAUGGAAGCUAGCGGAAGUAUCGAUCUUGCUGACAAUGCACUUGCACGUGCAACUCAAGUCUUUGUCAAGAGAGUGCCAGAGAUCCACCUAUUUGCUGCUCGAAUCAAGGAGCAGAAUGAGGAUAUAGAUGGUGCUCGGGCAGCAUAUCAACUUAUACACACUGAAAUUUCUCCUGGUCUUCUUGAAGCUAUUAUCAAGCAUGCAAACAUGGAACGUCGGCUUGGAAAUCUUGAAGAUGCCUUUUCUUUAUAUGAACAGGCUAUUGCCAUUGAAAAGGGAAAAGAACAUUCACAAACAUUACCAAUGUUGUAUGCUCAGUACUCUCGAUUUGUAUACUUGGUUUCUGGAAAUGCAGAGAAGGCUCGAGAAAUUCUUGACAACUCACUUGAGCAUGUACAAUUAUCAAAACCAUUUCUUGAGGCCUUCAUUCAUUUUGAGUCCAUUUUGUCUCCACCGAGACAAACUGAUUUUUUGGAAUCAUUAGUUGACAAGUUCAUUGUGCCCAGUUCUGAUAGCUCCAACACUGCAAGUGCUGCUGAGAGGGAAGAGUUAUCUUGCAUUUUUCUGGAGUUUCUUGGUCUCUUUGGAGAUGCUCAGUCCAUCAAGAGGGCUGAAGACCGGCAUGCAAAAUUGUUCUUACCUCAUAGGGGUAUGAAAGAGUUAAAAAAACGUCAUGCUGAGGAUUUUCUGGCUUCAGAGAGGGCAAAAAUGGCCAAAUCAUAUUCUGGUGCACCAUCCCCUGCCCAGUCUUUGAUGGGUGCUUAUCCAAGUGCACAAUAUCCUUGGGUGGCUGGUUAUGGUGUUCAGCCCCAAGCUUGGCCACCAGCUGCGCAAGCACAGACACAACAAUACCUGGCCUAUGGUCAACAGCAAGUUUGUCCUUGUAACAGACUGCAUACAGUGCAUAUAGUGGUUAUAGUAGCAGUUAUGCUGUGCCUCAAAUACCAACAUCAACACCACAAAGUGCUGCUUAUGGUGCUUAUCCUCCUACCUAUUCUGUUCAGUCCGCCUUUCCCCAACAAAGUUAUGAACAACCAAUGGCAGCAGCAGCAGUAGCAACGGUGGCCCCAGUGCAGCAACCAGCCGUCAUAGCCUCAGCCCCACAGGCCUAUUAUGGAAGUUAUUAUUGAGAUCUAAGCAAGAGUAGUACUAUACACCCUUUGAUGCCUGAAGCCCCAUUUUAAUUUAAUUUCUACGCUUUUCUGUAGGCUUGACCUUACCUGUAACUUCGAAUUCUAAAACAUAGGAUGAUGUAGCCAAAAAUAGAGUUAAUUUGGGGAAAUUGUAAACAUUUUAAUUUUGUAUUUUGAGUAACCUGGGUGUAGUUGAGGAUCACCUUUUGCCUCAUAAAUUUUUUUCUUUGGUGUAUAGCUAAAAGAAUGGAGAGGGGUUGAGUUGGUCGAA